UGGCGAAAGUCCAACGCGAACCUUAACCUCGGCCCCUUCUCCCGUUCACUCGUGGGCGGCUCGUUCUCGCCGGCGAUGGCGGUGUGGCCGAGCCCGUGGCUGCCUCUCCUCCUCCUCGCCGCGAUGCUCGCCUUCGAGGACUGGCUCGCCACGCCCACCUGCUCCGGCGGCUUGACCACCCCCGCCCCCACCCCCGCCCCCGCCCCCGGCGACCUGAGGGUCAUGAUGGUUUCCGACCUGAUGCUCCCCGGGUCGGACGCCACCUACGCCGACCGCUUAUUCCGGAACCACGUCAUGUCCAAGCUAUUCGCUAAAUCUAUUGGAACACUUAAGCCAGACAUGAUUGUAGUUCUUGGGGACAUCUCGGCAAAAGGUUUUGAGCUGGCGGAAAGCAAAUGGAUAGAUGUUCUUGAACAGUUCGAGGGGAUAUUGGGGGAAUACUCUAUCCUUCCUCUUCAUAUUACCUUAGGUGAUAAAGAUGUAGGAGGAUGUGCCAAUUUGGAUGACAGUUUUGUCCACCAUGUGACUAAGCAUUUACCAGGAUUGGAUUCAAGUGGCUGUGGUACUUUUGAAAUUGGUAAUGUCAGUUUUGUGUCACUUAAUGCAGUUUCCCUGCUUUGUGGAAACAAUCCCCUGCGGUUCAGCGUUGAGAAGGUUAUAGAGAGGGAAAACAAUCAUUUUCAACAGAAAAUGGUUAAUGAAGCAGGACAUUUUUCUUUGGGGAGUACAAAAAGAGAGGAUUGUAACUGGAGACCAAACAACAUGGAAUCAGGGUCAGGCCCUGUAGUUUUGCUCCACUUUCCACUAUAUAAGUCACAGGAGCCUGAUAACCCUGAUGGAGAAGCCAUUGGGGUUGUCAAAUUUUCAGAAAGCGGAGCUGAUGGGAAGAGGUCAUAUAAUCAAUUACAUGCCCUCCCUGCAAAUUCAACUCAAUACAUUCUUCAAGCGCUUAAACCAAGGAUUGUAUUUAGUGCCCAUGAUGGUAGCUUCUCAGAUUAUACUCAUGAUGAUGGCACACGGGAGGUAAUAGUGCCAGCUGUGACAUGGAAAAUCACUGGAAUUCCUGGUUUUGUCAUUGCUACGUUUGGAAGGGAAGGAAUCAUGACUGUGAGGCAUUGUUUGAUAGUUCCAGAAUGGUAUGUGAUGGCAGGAUAUUCAAUAUUCUUGUUCCUAACUGCCCUGGUGGUAAGAUUGUCGCAUUGGAUGUGAAAUGGAAUGUCAAAAUUUUGUUUCCAAGGCCACUCCAAGUUCAUAGUUUAAAAACUGAGGAUGAUGUUGGUCUCAAGCUCUUAUCUGACAAUGAACUGGGACCCUUGAUCUGUGUCAUGCUAUCAACUGCUUUGCGCAAGGUAAUGCAGGAAGUAUAGUAUCUCGCCGGGUUGUGCUCUGAGAUCUUGAUGUCAAGUCUCCAAGCUAAAUCUGUGGACCAGCCAUAGAUGACAACCAUCAACUGUUCAGCUAUAUAAAUUACUGCCUGCUUGCCCAGAGAAACCCCUACAUUGAAGGGAGUAAAAACACAGUUGAUAUGGAGUACUAAGAGCAAGUGCUUCUUGUUGCAAAUGAAUUCUGGAACCAUGAGAUGCUUGGGGUUGAGCGCUCUUCUGCUCUCCUGGGCACCAAGGCAGCUUCUCCAACUAUUCUGCAUCUGGAUAACAUCAGUUCUGUUGACACAUUUGCAUGAACAUAUAAUGCCACCUGGAUGCCCAUCUGUGCUGUAGGGUCUGUGGCAUUGUCAACAAAUCUGAUUGCUGCGCCUAGAUUUGACAACGAAAGGAAGGUAUUCUUCAAGUGCUGCUCCACAGAUUCUCCCUAGAGAUCCAUUCCAAGAUCGAUGGAUGUAUGGGUAGUAUGUGCAGCUGUAAGUUAGACAUAUGUGCUUGUCGUUUCAUCUCAUGUCAUUUCCUGGUGGCGAUGAUUGACGGUCGAUGUGCUCUUUCUGGCCUACAUUUGCAUCAUUUGAGUGAUGCUGACACAGGAUCUAUUUGUAAUGUCUUUAGCCUGCGUUUAAACAACCCUUGUUUAGGCGAACUAGUCGGAGCCCAGGACAGCGAUGGAGUGUUAAGUUGGUGAUCUCUGCAGUCUUCAUGCUGUACUUUAUGCAAUGAAUGGUAUAAUGUAACAAUGAAAUGUGGGACAGCUGCCAUGCAUUGCUUGGUCAAGAAUAGAAAGAAUAGGAGAGAGGAAUAGAAUGCGAUUGAUGGACAAAUAUAUGAUAGAAUUGUAUUGAUCCUUUGUAGGCUUGUGUAUAUAUGGAACAUGAUGCCUCGGAGAUCAAGUCAAAUCUAUUAGAAGAUGCUAAAUUAUAGUACUUCAACAGAUCGUGAUCGAUACUAUAUCGAGGAAGAGGUCGACACAAUCUCAGCCGUUGAAAGAUGAAGCUCCACACUGUUGUAUAAAAAGAAAAGAGACAAUUGCAUUCUUAUCUUUAUUUUCAAUUCCAAUUAUGAUUUUACUCAUUUUUUUCAACUUUCUGAUAUUGCCUUUUUUUCUUUCAAACUGAAGCUUAUGCUUGUCCCUGUUUCAUGAAGUCCUCUUAACAGUGUUACAGAUAUGUAUGUCAUUUGUAUA